UAAAUUAAGCCUCCGGAGAUUUACAUGUUUUAGUUUGAACCUACGUUCAUAAACAUUCGUGCAUGAGAGGUGUUGUUUUCAGACAGACCUGAAUGUGAACCUUUCCUGUAACUAAUCUUUUGGACUCGAGGUGUCUCAAGGCACCGUGCAUCAUCGAAAAAGGAAGUCCGGGCAACUGACCGACAUCCUCGGAAGUGAACUCCACAGGUUUAAAGGAGCUCAAACAUCACCAUGAGCCGCGCCGGGACCUCAUCUGUGUUCUCCAGCUAUCAGCUGUUUUUCUUGCUGACCAUCAUCUCUACUGAACUUCCAUAUUCAGCAGCAGGAGGCUCUGCUGUGUCCCUCAAGUCCAACAACACAGUCAACAAAACCAAAUGUGGCGGGGGAACAGACUGCAUACAGGGCGUUAUCCUGCCAGUAUGGAAGCCAGAAAACCCGGCCUUCACCGACCGCAUCGCCAGAGCCACCAUUUACUUUGUGGGGUUGGCGUACAUGUUCCUGGGUGUCUCCAUCAUCGCUGACCGCUUCAUGUCUUCCAUUGAGGUCAUCACCUCCCAAGAGAGGCAGAUCACCAUCAAGAAACCAAACGGUGAGAAGAUCACCACGACGGUGCGCAUCUGGAACGAGACAGUGUCCAACCUGACUCUGAUGGCGCUGGGUUCCUCCGCCCCAGAAAUCCUCCUGUCAGUCGUGGAGGUUUGCGGUCACAACUUUCACGCCGGUGAGCUGGGCCCCAACACCAUUGUAGGAAGCGCCGCCUUCAACAUGUUUGUCAUUAUCGGCUUUUGUGUGUCGGUCAUUCCUGAAGGAGAGACCAGAAAGGUGAAGCACCUCCGGGUGUUCUUCGUCACCGCUACCUGGAGCGUCUUUGCAUACACCUGGCUUUACCUGAUCCUGGCCGUCAUCUCUCCAGGUGUUGUUGAGAUAUGGGAGGGGCUUCUCACACUGUUCUUCUUCCCCAUUUGUGUUGGGUUCGCUUAUGUGGCCGACCGCAGACUUCUUUUCUACAAAUACAUGUACAAACGAUACAGAGCAGGGAAGCAGAAACGAAUGAUCAUCGAAACCGAGGGGGAACCAAACCUUCCCUCAAAGGUUGACAUUGAAAUGGACGGCAAAAUGCUCAACUCCCACGGAGAAGAGUUCAUGGAUGGAGAGACAGGUUUUGAUGAGCUGGAUGAGGAGGAGGCCCGCAAAGAGGUUGCUAGGAUUCUUAAGGAGCUGAAACAGAAACAUCCAGAGAAGGAGAUGGAGCAGUUGAUGGAGCUUGCUAACUAUCAACUUUUAACCCAGCAGCAGAAGAGUCGGGCUUUCUACCGGUGUCAGGCGACCAGGAUCAUGACAGGAGCGGGCAACAUCCUGAAGAAGCAUGCCGCUGACCAAGCUAAGAGAGCCACUGUGCACGAUAUCUGCUCUGAAGUUUCAGUGAACGACUUUUCCUCCAAGGUUUUCUUUGACCCCGGCACCUACCAGUGUCUCGAAAACUGUGGCAGUGUAGCGCUGAACGUGGUGCGUCGCGGUGGAGACAUAACGAGCACAGUCUCAGUGGAUUACCGGACUGAAGACGGCACUGCAAACGCCGGCUCAGACUACCAGUUCACUGAAGGAACUAUUGUGUUCCAACCAGGUGAGACCGAAAAGGAAAUCCGCAUUGACAUUAUUGAUGAUGAUAUUUUUGAGGAAGACGAGCAUCUCCUGGUUCACCUCAGCAAUGUAAAGGUCAUAUCAGAGGGCGGCGGUUCAGACGGGCAUGAAGCAAACCAUGUGGACGCCCUCGCAGGCUUAGGUCUGCCAUGCACGGCCACUGUUACCAUCUUUGAUGACGACCACGCAGGGAUCUUUACAUUCGAGGAGCCAGUGGUGACCGUGAGCGAGAGCAUCGGGGUGAUGGAGGUGAAGGUGGUCCGGACCUCAGGCGCUCGCGGUGGUGUGGUGGUGCCAUACAAAACCAUGGAAGGGACGGCUAAAGGCGGCGGCGAGGACUUUGAGGACACACAUGGAGUUCUGGAGUUUGAGAAUGAUGAGAUCUUCAAAACUAUUCAGAUCAAUAUAAUCGAUGAUGAAGAAUAUGAGAAAAACAAGAACUUCUUCCUAGAGAUCGGAGAGCCUCGGCUGCUCGAGAUGAGUGAGAGGAAAGCUCUGUUGCUUCAGGAAGUCGGUGGAUUCAUCAAAACAGACCGACAGCUGUAUGGCAGAGACGUCUACAGGAAGGUCCAGGGACGGGACCACCAUGCCCCCCCUGCUAUCAUCAACAUCACAGAGGACGGCGGUGAGGUGGUUUUGACCAAGAAGGAACAGGAGGAGAGGCGGAUCGCGGAGAUGGGCAGACCAAUGCUGGGUGAACACGUCAAACUGGAGGUCAUCAUCGAAGAGUCAUACGAGUUCAAGAGCACCGUUGACAAACUCAUCAAGAAGACCAACCUGGCUCUGCUGAUCGGGACAAACAGUUGGAGGGAGCAGUUUGUGGAAGCCAUCACAGUCAGCUCUGGUGAUGAUAAUGAUGACGAUGAAUGUGGCCAAGAGAAGCUGCCCUCCUGUUUUGACUACGUCAUGCACUUCCUCACCGUCUUCUGGAAGCUUUUAUUUGCCUUUGUUCCCCCCACUGACUACUGGAACGGCUGGGCCUGCUUCGUCGUCUCCAUCUCUGUCAUCGGUAUCCUGACGGCAGUGAUCGGUGACCUGGCGUCUCAUUUUGGCUGCACCGUCGGUCUCAAAGACUCCGUCACUGCUGUGGUGUUUGUGGCGUUGGGCACUUCUGUACCAGACACAUUUGCCAGUAAGGUUGCAGCCAUCCAGGACCAAUACGCUGACGCGUCCAUUGGCAAUGUGACAGGAAGUAACGCUGUCAACGUCUUCCUGGGUAUCGGCGUGGCCUGGUCCAUCGCUGCAGUCUAUCACUACUCCAAGGGCCAGGAGUUCAGAGUUGACCCGGGUACACUGGCUUUCUCCGUCACACUCUUCACCAUCUUCGCCUUUAUCUGUAUUGCAGUCCUCAUCUACCGCCGGCGGCCUGAGAUCGGCGGGGAGCUUGGCGGACCCCGGGUCCCCAAGGUCCUCACCACCUGCUUGUUCUUCAGCCUGUGGUUGAUGUACAUCGUCUUCUCCUCUCUGGAAGCCUACUGCCAUGUACAGGGCUUCUAAGAGUUCUGCUUCUGACUGGUUCCGAGAGGUUCUAACAGAACUGAUGAACAGUUCUGAUGGAUUUCCAAAGGCUCCAAUAGGCUCCUGCUUAUUCUGACAGGUUGCUAUAAUUUCCGUUAUUUGUCUAAAGAUUUGAUAGAUUUUUAAAGGUUGUGAGAUUCCUGACAGUUGGUGGAUUCCUGAAGGUUCUAGAGCAACUGUAAGUUCAUGACAGGUUUCUGAAGUUUUGAAUGAAUAGUUUUAAUAGGUUUUUUUCUGAUUGACCGGUUUAUAAGCACGGAUAAAUACAUAUUCUGAUGGACUCUGUAUAGUCUUUUUAUGUUCUUUAAAAGUCUAACAGGUUGACAUCUUUGAUGGGUUUGUAGAAAUCCCACAGGGUCCUGAAGGGUUCUAGGGGUUAUUGAUGGAUUUCUAAAGGUUCCAAAAGGUUCCUGCAUGCUGUGUAAGGUUUCUGUCAUUUGUCUAAGGGUUUGGAACAUCUAAUAGUUCAGCUGGGUUCUGCUAGGUUCCCACAUAUCCUGCCAGAUUCCUAUGUCUCUUAUUAGUCGACAGAUUACUAAAGGCUCUGACGGACAUCUAACAGUUUUAACAUCCACCCAACUAUCAGCUAUACCGCUGAUCCUUUUGAGGGUCGCGAAGGGCGCUGGAGCCAAUCCCAGGUGACAUUGGGCGAGAGGCGGGGUACACCCUGAACAAGUCGCCAGUCUUUCACAGGGCUGACACAAAGAGAAAAACAACCAACUGUACAGUUAUUUUAACUCCUGAACCUCUUUUUGACUCACUCUGGUAAGCAACAUAUUGGACUGUUCUCUGGCUGCUGAGUGCUGGUGACCACCAAGACUUGACUAUCUUCAUCCUCACAUACCUCCCAAACAUUUAAAGACAUUUACCUGCAUCAUAAAUCCUCCACCUGUACCUUUAAGCAAUGUAUAAAAUGAACCAUUUUAAUUUUGACGUGCAUGGACUUUGAAACCACAACCACAGUAAUGAUCACCAACGGUCAUGGUGAUGAAGGAGGCAGCUCAUGCUGUGGACUUCUGAAAACCUGCAGGACUUUUGAUGUCAAAGGCGACUGCAGCGAUAGUGUUGCACCUACAUGAAUAUCUGCACUGAGUUUGAAAUAUAGUUAAUUUUGAAAAAAUAAAUGAAGAAAAUAAGCGUAGGAGGUUCCUCAGUUUGGUGUUGAAGCAAUCAAAGGUCUUUGCUGCACAGACAACAUGAACUCUUUCAGAGACACUACGCUGCUUUAAGUUGGACCUGAGCUGCUGCAGCAGUCAAUUUAAAUGUUUGAGAAAAUAUAAUUGUGUGUAUGUUUGAGUGUGAACACAUACAAUAUGUAACUUCAGAGAGCACUGAGAAGAAGGGACAAUUCACAAUAGUCUGCGGUGUGACUGGUUGUUCGGAAACCGCAGCCGUCUACCAAACGGAUGCCUAUUGGAAGAUAGAAACACAGGAGCUGUUGCUUAUUAUCUGACUACAGAAUGCAGUGUCCUUCCUUCAAAUAUUAAAGUACAGUGAGUGACA